AUGACCGACUACACCACCUACGUACCGCAGGAGGUGCCUAUUCCUCAAGCUCCAGAUACUUCGUUUUGGUCCGAGCUGCAAUGGAAGACCCUCUUUGCUAUUUGUGACGCGAUGGUACCAUCCAUUCGGACGGCGCCCCAGUCUCCGAAUGACAAGGUCGUCUCGAAUGCUGAAUAUGAUGCGGCACUCGACAAGCUCACAUCCCUGAUCCCAGGGCCAGAUGCGAAGCAACUCGCGGUUCAGUACUUGGAAGAAGAUCUUUCUACGAACCCCGUAUUCCGUGCCAUUGUGGAGCGUACUGUCGGUCACUACAUCCACGAUGAAGGCCGGAAUGGACUUGGUUUCAUUUUGAAUGCGCUCAAUACUCGAGCUGGAUCGCUGAUUAUGACUGGCUCCACGACUCCCCUCCAUCAGCAGCCUGUUGCUUUCCGGGAGAAAGUCUUCCGGGGCUGGGAUACUUCACGGUUGUCACCUUUACGUGGUGUUCACCGGGCAUUGACUGCAAUCGUGAAAAAGUCAUGGGUGUUGGCCAGUCCAACCGUAGAGAAAGUUCUCGGCUUUCCGCGUAUCCCUACCCAUGGCAAACCUGCCGAUGGAUUUGCUUACGACUUCCUUCAGAUCCCGCCUGGCGAAGGUCCCGAGACGAUUGAAACGGAUGUCGUCAUUGUAGGCAGCGGCUGUGGUGGGGCAGUCACUGCGAAGAACCUCGCCGAGGCUGGGCUCCGAGUCCUUGUGGUGGAAAAAUCCUAUUCUUACCCAAGUAAGGCUUUCCCAAUGUCGCAAAAUGAAGCCUAUGUGAAUAUGUUUGAGGCCUCAGGCGCUGUUGUCAGUGACGAUGGCGCGAUGGUUGUUCUGGCGGGUUCGACAUGGGGUGGCGGUGGCACCGUUAAUUGGUCUGCCGCCCUGCAAACUCAAGGUUAUGUUCGUCAGGAAUGGGCAGAUGGUGGUCUACCACUAUUCACUUCUUGGGAUUUCCAGAGGAGCCUUGAUCGUGUCUGCGACCGGAUGGGUGUCAAUACCGAGCAUGUGAAGCAUAAUCGUCAGAACAAUGUGAUCUUGGAGGGCGCGCGCAAGCUGGGCUAUGCUGCCAAGACGGUCCCUCAGAACACCGGCAAUUCAGAGCACUACUGCGGAACCUGUACCAUGGGCUGUGCAUCUGCUCUCAAGAAGGGACCCACUGAGACAUUCCUGGCGGAUGCCGCAAGGGCAGGUGCUACCUUUAUCGAGGGAUUCCGCGCAGACAAAGUCUUAUUCGAUAAUAAGAAGAGUGGAAAGGUGGCCAUCGGCGUGGAAGGAACCUGGAAAUCGCGCGAUCAGUAUCUCGGCCUCAGUGGUAGCGGCGCAACCCAGAGAAAGGUCAUUAUCAAGGCUAAGAAGGUUGUCGUUUCAUCUGGCACAUUGCAAAGUCCUCUUCUGCUACUUCGAAGUGGUCUUAAGAACUCUCAAAUUGGCCGGAACCUUCAUUUGCACCCGGUGAUGGGCGCCGCCGCUUUCUUUGAUGAGGAUACCCACCCUUGGGUGGGGUCAGCAUUGACCACGGUGGUCAACGAAUUCGAAGAUCUAGAUGGACACGGCCAUGGCGUCAAAAUUGAAUCUGCCUCUAUGGUCCCAUCCGUAUUCAUCCCCGUAUUCCCCUGGAAAGAAGGACUGGAUUAUAAGCUUUCCGUGGCUAAAAUGCGGCGAAGCACAAGUUUUAUCACCCUGACCAAAGACCGAGAUGGUGGACGUGUAUACCCAGACCCGAACGAUGGACGUGUCCGAAUCGACUACCAGGUCUCCAGCUUCGAUCGACGCCAUAUUGUAGAGGGCUUGGUUGCCGCAGCCAAGAUUGCUUAUAUCUCAGGAGCUAAGGAGUUCAUCACCACCUACCGUGAUAUCGACGGCUUUGUGCGGCCAGAUUCUUCUGAUCCAGAUUCUCCCGAGGGAAUCAACAACGUUGCUUUGCAGAAUUGGAUCGCGGAUCUGCGCCGCAAAUCACCCCUGGAUGCAGAGAAGGCACUGUUCGCCAGUGCUCAUCAGAUGGGCACCUGCCGGAUGGGCAAGUCUCCCAAGACUAGCGUCGUGGACCCAGACUGCCAGGUUUGGGGAACUGAUGGCCUGUAUGUUGUGGAUGCCUCCGUGUUCCCCAGUGCCAGUGGUGUGAACCCAAUGGUCACCAAUAUGGCUAUCGCCGACUGGGCUAGUCAGAAUCUUGCCAAGGUGAUGAACCAACCCGAGAAUAAUCGGAUGGCACGUCUCUAG